AUGGCAUGCAAUCAACCCCAACUUCCGUUCGACUGUAUUCUGGAAAUCUUAAAAUUUCUUCAGAACGAUUACAGAUCAUUAUUAUCCUGUAUACAGAUCAAUCGAACAUGGUGUCAACUGGUCAUUCCUCAAAUAUGGCGCCGACCUUUUGAAAAUCUCCUAUGUAGAGAGGAAGGAGCAAAACUGAUUCAAAUUUACGUUUCCUUGUUCGAUGAUUCCGAGAUACAACAAUUAAAUGCUGCCAAUAUCACCUUACCAAAUACACCUAAACCAUUAUUUAAUUAUCCUGAAUUUUUACGUGAGUUGGACGUUGAUCACUUUCAAGUGGCAGUUCAAGAUUGGCAUUGGAUGUUGAUGAGUAAGAAUCAAAGCACUAUUGCUCUAACACCGUCCCGUAACAAGCUUGUCGGAGGUUUGAUAUUUAGUCAUUGUAAUGGAUUGUGUCAUUUGAACAUUAACACGAUAAACAGUUAUUUGGAAGACGUCUCGGUGUGGAAGGGCGCUCAGCUGGCGUUAUCGACCCUUCAGAAAUUAGAAAUUCAAUACGAUUCAGGACUCGAGGCAUUCCAUGAAGAAAAAAUCUCUUCAUUAUUUGACUUCCUAUCUUCUUUCUCCAGGGACAUUAGAAAAAUUUCAAUUAACAUUGAUAUCGAUUUCAUGUUGGAUGGAGGCCUCUCAAAUGCUGGUCUCGCAUUCUCAAAGUUGCUUAGGUCACAGAAACAUGUUAAAAUCUUAGAAACAAACGAAUUUUGGGAUUGCAAUUCUUCGUCGAUUAUUUUUAAUGCACUACAAGUGCAAGCAAAAUCUUUGACAUCCCUUAAGAUCAAUGGUAUAACUAGGAUGGACCUGCUAUUCCCAGUGUUAACCUCAUGUCAAAACCUAGAAACAUUGUCCUUAAAUGGAGUAGAGGAUUCGUAUUACAUGGAUAUUAAUGAUGCCUACUUUUCACCUUUGACUUCUCUGAAAUUAAAAAACCUGGACUGUUGGGGUUAUUUUGAUCAUCACAGUACUCUAGAACUCAUAAUGUUGGUCCUUAAAAUGACGAAUUCUAACCUCAGAACCCUAAGAAUUAAGAAAGUCACCGCACCAUUCAUGGAUGCCAUCAGUCAAUAUUGUCCAAAUAUUAAUAAUCUCACCCUUGUCAUUUCAAGUAAUGAAUAUCCAAAUCUUUUACCCUUGUUUGGUUCGCUUCAUAGUCUCACUCAUUUGUCACUGGGUGUUGUAAACAAAAAAACCGAACAAAGCAGACAUCAAAUCUAUCUAUUUACCGAAAAGAUAAUCAGGUCACUUCCCUCCACGUUAGAAUAUUUGGCUAUUGACUUUAAUAUUAACAUCAGAGAUUGGAAAAUGUUUUUUCGGAAUUGUAGACUAAAGCUUAAAGAAUUAGUAUUACAUCAGAGAGAAUUGAUUCAAGAUUCUUAUUUAAAAGUGGUGGUGGACUAUGCAAAGGAGUUCGAAAGCUUGAAAGUGUUAAAAUAUCAACGCCCUUAUUCCUGGUAUGGGGGUAGCUUUUCCUCCAAGGCUUUGAAAGAGGCUAAAUGUUUCAUUCCAACUAUCGAGUUAGCAAAGCCUUUUGGUGAAUUGGUUUACGAUGCGUAA